AUGGGAGUGAUUCAAAUGUGGGGACUUUGUUCGGAAGAAAGGGAGCUUCCUAAAUACAUUCGCUCGAUUCGGUUUGCUAAGACCCAUGAGGCAAUUACUUCAUUGACCUCAAAAGCUAGGCCAGUAAGCCACGAUGUCGAGUAUUUACUUGAUGCCAGUACUAAAAUUUUGAUGAACAUGACCAAGCAAGUUCUUGACAGCAUCAAGAGAAUCCAAAGGAAAUGGACAACUGACGAACAGUUGCAUCAAUCAAAAGAAUUGUGUCAAUUACAUGACGAUUCAUCAGAUGAUCAAACAUUCAUUGACUGGAAAUCCCAACUAGCUGACAAAAACAAACUUGAUGACUUGGAUUUCAAAUGGGACCCGCGUAAACCGUUUUCCACCUCAUUUGGAAAACCCGAUCGCCUUCCGUAG